GGCGGGGCUUUGGCAUUAACGCACCAAUGACAAAGCGCCGGCGUUGAAGUUAAACAUGGCCGCCAACAAACGGGUGUUGUAUGUCGGUGGCCUAGCAGAGGAGGUGGACGAGAAGGUUUUACAUGCAGCGUUUAUCCCGUUUGGAGACAUCACAGACAUCCAGAUCCCGCUGGACUAUGAGACAGAAAAGCACAGAGGCUUUGCCUUUGUUGAGUUUGAGUUGGCAGAGGAUGCUGCAGCAGCUAUUGAUAACAUGAAUGAGUCUGAGCUUUUCGGGCGGACUAUCCGGGUAAACAUUGCCAAGCCCAUGAGAAUCAAAGAAGGUUCUUCUCGACCAGUGUGGUCAGACGACGACUGGCUGAAGAGGUUUUCAGGGAAGUCAUCAGAGGAGGUGGACGGGGAGGCGGCGGGGGCGGGAGACACGGCCAGCACAGCAACACAGGAGACUGGACCUACACCUAGAAAGGGUCGAGUAAACCCCCAGGUCUACAUGGACAUCAAGAUCGGCAACAAGCCAGCAGGGAGGUUACGCUUCCUCCUCCGAGCUGACGUCGUUCCCAUGACGGCAGAGAAUUUUCGCUGCUUGUGUACACAUGAGAAGGGCUUUGGCUUCAAGGGCAGCAGCUUCCACCGCAUCAUCCCUCAGUUCAUGUGCCAGGGAGGUGACUUCACCAACCACAACGGCACAGGCGGCAAGUCCAUCUACGGACGCAAGUUUGACGAUGAAAACUUUGUGCUGAAACACACCGCUCCAGGGCAGCUUUCCAUGGCGAACUCCGGGCCGAACACGAACGGCUCACAGUUCUUCAUCACCACUGAUAAAACAGACUGGCUGGACGGGAAACACGUGGUGUUCGGGGAGCUGGUGGAGGGAAUGAAUGUGCUUCGUACAAUGGAGGCUCAGGGAACAAAAGAUGGCAAACCAAAGCAGAAAGUGAUCAUCUCAGACUGUGGAGAAUACGUGUGAAUAAAAACACUUUUCAUGUUUUGUUUGUUCAGAGUCCUGACAUCUUCCACCUUGUAAAUACUCAAUAACUUUUUUUUUAAAUAAACAUGUACACAGUG